AUGGCGGCGGCGGCGGGCGGCGGCAGUUGCCCCGGGCCUGGCUCCGCGCGGGGCCGCUUCCCCGGCCGGCCGCGGGGCUGCGGCGGGGGAGGGGGGCGCGGCGGACGGGGCAGCGGGGCCGAAAGAGUGCGGGUACCUCUGCGGCGCGGCGGCGGCGCGGCGGGGCCGGGCGGAGCCGAGCCCGGGGAGGACACGGCCCUGCUCCGUUUGCUGGGGCUCCGCCGGGGCCUGCGCCGGCUCCGCCGCCUGUGGGCCGGCCCGCGCCUUCAGCGAGGCCGGGGCCGGGGCCGGGGCCGGGGCUGGGGCCAGAGCCGGGGCUGCGUGCCGGAGGAGGAGAGCAGUGACGGGGAAUCCGACGAUGAGGAGUUUGAGGGUUUUCAUUCAGAUGAAGAUGUGGCCCCAGGUUCGCUGCGCUCUGCGCUCCGAUCGCAGCGAGGUCGAGCCCCUCGAGGUCGGGGCCGCAAGCAUAAGACAGCUCCCCUUCCUGCUCUUCGCCUAGCGGAUGUGACUCCUAACCCCCCUAAGACUCCUGCCCGAAAACGGGGUGAGGAGGGCACAGAACGGAUGGUGCAGGCACUGACUGAACUUCUCCGGCGGGCCCAGGCACCCCCACCCCCCCGGAGCCAGGCCUGUGAGCCCGCCACGCCCCGUCGGUCUCGGGGACGGCCCCCAGGACGGCCUGCUGGUCCCUGCAGGAAGAAGCACCAAGCCGUAGUGGUGGCAGAAGCGGCUGUGACAAUCCCCAAGUCUGAACCCGCACCUCCUGUGGUUCCAAUAAAACAUCGAACUGGCACUUGGAAGUGCAAGGAGGGGCCUGGCCCAGGACCUGGGACCCCCAAGCGUGGAGGACAGUCUGGGCGAGGAGGCCGCGGAGGCAGGGGGCGAGGCCGAGGCGGGCUCCCCCUGGUGAUCAAGUUUGUUUCAAAGGCCAAAAGAGUGAAGAUGGGACAGCUGUCUUUGGGAGUUGAAUCAGGUCAGGGUCAAGGUCAACAUGGGGGAAGCUGGCAGGAUGCCCCCCGAGGAGUUGGAUCUGGACAGAAAAGGGGCUCUUGCUGCAAGAAUCAGGAGCAGAAGCUGGAGGAGGGAGAAGAGGUGAAAGAAGAAAACGUCAAGGAGGAGGGAGAAGAGAAGGAAGAGAGAGCUGUAGCAGAGGAAGAGGUGAUGCUAGCUAAGGAAGAGGGCGAGCUGCCGUUGCCACCCCUGACUCCGCCAGCUCCUCCUCCUUCUCCACCCUUUCCACCCCCUGCAGCAUCUCCAGCCCCCCUUUGUGCCCCACCACCCCCGGUGUCACCCCCACUCCUGCCAUCCCCUCUGCCAGCCCCUGCCCCAGAAGAGCAGGAAGAACCCCCUGCUCCCGUGGUCCCUGCUGCAUGCUCCAGGAAGAGGGGCCGGCCUCCCCUGACUCCCAGCCAGCGGGCAGAGCGGGAGGCUGCCCGGGCAGGACCAGAGGGCACAUCUCCUGCUCCAACCCCCAGCGCCAUCGCAGGAAGCCCUCCAGAAGAUAGUCCUACUGUGGCCCCCAAAAGUACCACCUUCCUGAAGAAUAUCCGGCAGUUUAUUAUGCCUGUGGUGAGUGCCCGCUCCUCCCGGGUCAUCAAGACACCUCGGCGAUUUAUGGAUGAAGACCCACCCAAGCCCCCGAAAGUGGAUAACUCCCCUGUUUUGCGGCCUCCCAUUGCCACUUCCCCUCUUGUUCCCCCGGAACCAGCCCCAGCCCCCUCUCCGCCACGUGCUCCAACUCCCCCAUCUACCCCUAUCCCACUCCCCGAAAAGAGACGGUCCAUCCUAAGAGAACCCACAUUUCGUUGGAUCUCCCUGACGCGAGAGCUUCCCCCACCUCCCCCUGCCCCUCCACCAACCCCAACCCUUGCCCCCACCCUAGCCCCAGCCCCUGCCACCCCCUCCCGGAGGCCCCUGCUCCUUCGGGCACCUCAGUUUACCCCAAGUGAAGCCCACCUGAAAAUUUAUGAGUCGGUGCUUACUACUCCUCCUGGGGCACCCGAAGCCCCUGAGCCAGAGCCGCCUCCUGCCGACGACUCUCCAGCUGAGCCUGAGCCCCGGGCAGUGGGCCGCACCAACCACCUCAGCCUGCCCCGCUUUGCCCCUGUGGCCAGCACUCCUGUAAAGGGCGAGGUGCCCCUUCAAGGGACUUUGGCUCUGAGCAGUGGGCCACAGCUGCAGCCACAGCCACAGGCUCAGCUGCAGCAGCCCCUUCUGGCUUUGCAAACCCAGCUAGUGCCCCAGGCACUACCACCACAGCAGCCACAACUGCAGCCACAAAUACAGCUGCAGCCACCACCUUCACCACAGCAGACCCCACCACUGGAGAAAGCCCGCAUGGGGAGCCUGGCCCCGUUGCCGCUGUCUGGAGUAGAGGAGAAAAUGUUUAGUCUCCUGAAGAGGGCCAAGGUGCAGCUGUUCAAGAUUGACCAACAGCAACAGCAGCAGAAGGUGGCAACCUCAACGCCGCCGAGCCCUGGGGGGCAGAUGGAGGAACUCAUGGGGACAGUCAAGCAGAUCGCAGACAGAGGCUCUGUGCGGUCUGAAGACGAAUCGGUGGAAACUAAGAGAGAGAGACCCUCGGGCCCAGAGUCCCCUGUGCAAGGCCCUCGCAUCAAACACGUCUGCCGUCAUGCCGCGGUGGCCCUGGGUCAGGCCCGGGCCAUGGUGCCUGAGGAUGUCCCCCGCCUCAGUGCCCUCCCUCUCCGGGAUCGGCAGGACCUUACCACAGAGGAUACGUCAUCAGCAUCUGAGACAGAGAGUGUGCCAUCACGGUCUCAGCAGGAAAAAGUGGAACCAGUGGAGCCUGGAGGAGAGCUGGAACCCACCGGGUCUGGAGGGCCGCUGACCCCUACACCCCGGCGCACUCUGCCCUCCCACCAUGGCAAGAAGAUGCGGAUGGCUCGCUGUGGUCACUGUCGGGGCUGCCUGCGUGUGCAGGACUGUGGGUCCUGCGUCAAUUGCCUGGACAAGCCCAAGUUCGGGGGCCCCAACACCAAGAAGCAGUGCUGUGUAUACCGGAAGUGUGACAAGAUAGAGGCUCGGAAGAUGGAGCGGCUGGCUAAAAAAGGCCGGACGAUAGUGAAGACGCUGUUGCCCUGGGAUUCCGAUGAAUCUCCUGAGGCCUCCCCUGGUCCUCCAGGCCCACGCCGGGGGGCGGGAGCUGGGGGGCCCCGGGAGGAGGUGGUGGCCCCCCCAGGGCCCGAGGAGCAGGACUCCCUCCUGCAGCGCAAGUCAGCCCGGCGUUGCGUCAAACAGCGGCCUUCCUAUGAUAUCUUCGAGGAUUCGGAUGACUCGGACCCUGGGGGUCCUCCUGCUCCCCGGCGUCGGACUCCCCGUGAAAAUGAGCUGCCGGUCCCAGAACCUGAGGAACAGAGCCGGCCCCGCAAACCCACGCUACAGCCUGUAUUGCAGCUCAAGGCCCGAAGGCGCCUGGACAAGGAUGGUUUGGCCUCUGGCCCCUUUGCUGCUUUUCCUAAUGGUUGGACUGGAAAACAGAAGUCCCCUGAUGGCGUACACCGGGUCCGUGUGGAUUUCAAGGAAGACUGUGACCUGGAGAACGUGUGGCUGAUGGGUGGCCUAAGUGUGCUCACUUCCGUGCCAGGGGGGCCGCCGAUGGUGUGCUUAUUGUGUGCCAGCAAAGGCCUACACGAGCUGGUGUUCUGCCAAGUUUGCUGUGACCCUUUCCACCCCUUCUGCCUGGAGGAAGCCGAACGGCCCCUGCCCCAGCAUCACGACUCCUGGUGCUGCCGCCGCUGUAAAUUCUGCCACGUCUGUGGACGCAAAGGCCGGCCAUCCAAGCACCUCCUGGAGUGUGAGCGCUGCCGCCAUGCCUAUCACCCAACUUGCCUAGGACCCAGCUACCCAACUCGGGCUGCGCGCAAACGGCGCCACUGGAUCUGCUCAGCCUGCGUACGCUGUAAGAGCUGUGGGGCAACUCCAGGCAAGAACUGGGAUGUCGAGUGGUCUGGAGAUUACAGCCUCUGCCCCAGGUGCACCCAGCUCUAUGAGAAAGGGAACUACUGUCCGAUUUGCACACGCUGCUAUGAAGACAAUGACUAUGAAAGCAAGAUGAUGCAGUGUGCACAGUGUGACCACUGGGUGCACGCCAAGUGCGAGGGGCUCUCAGAUGAAGACUAUGAGAUCCUGUCAGGGCUGCCAGACUCGGUGCUGUACACCUGUGGACCUUGUGCAGGGGCCACACAGCCCCGUUGGAGAGAGGCCCUGAGUGGAGCCCUGCAGGGGGGCCUGCGUCAGGUGCUCCAGGGACUGCUGAGCUCCAAGGUUGCGGUCCCGCUGCUGCUGUGUUCCCAGUGUGGGCAGGAUGGCAAACAGCUACACUCGGGACCCUGUAGUCUGCAAGCUGUGAGUCAGCGCUUUGAGGAAGGCCACUAUAAGUCCGUGCACAGCUUCAUGGAGGACAUGGUGAGCAUCCUGAUGCGACACUCAGAAGAGGGAGAGACCCCCGAGCGCCGGGCUGGAGGCCAAAUGAAGGGACUCCUAUUGAAGCUGCUAGAGUCUGCGUUCGCGUGGUUCGACGCCCAUGACCCCAAGUACUGGCGACGGAGUACCCGACUGCCCAACGGAGUCCUUCCCAAUGCGGUGUUGCCCCCAUCCCUGGACCAUGUGUACGCUCAGUGGAGGCAGCAGGAACUGGAGACCCCAGAGUCAGGCCAGCCUCCAGGGGACCCUUCGGCAGCUUUUCAGGGCAAGGAUCCAACCACUUUCUCACACAUGGAUGACCCCCGUCAGUGUGCGCUCUGCCUCAAGUAUGGGGAUGCAGACUCCAAGGAAGCAGGGCGGCUCCUGUACAUUGGGCAGAAUGAAUGGACACACGUCAAUUGUGCCAUUUGGUCAGCUGAGGUGUUCGAGGAGAAUGAUGGCUCCCUCAAGAACGUGCAUGCUGCUGUGGCUCGAGGACGGCAGAUGCGUUGUGAACUCUGCUUGAAGCCUGGAGCCACGGUGGGCUGCUGCCUUUCCUCCUGCCUCAGCAACUUCCAUUUCAUGUGCGCCCGGGCCAGCUACUGCAUCUUUCAGGAUGACAAGAAAGUUUUCUGCCAGAAACACACAGACCUGCUAGAUGGCAAGGAAAUCGUGACCCCCGAUGGUUUUGAUGUUCUCCGCCGAGUCUAUGUGGACUUUGAGGGCAUCAACUUCAAAAGGAAGUUUUUGACAGGGCUUGAACCUGAUGCCAUCAAUGUGCUCAUUGGCUCCAUCCGCAUUGACUCCCUGGGCACUCUGUCUGAUCUCUCGGACUGCGAGGGACGACUCUUUCCCAUUGGCUACCAGUGCUCCCGCCUGUAUUGGAGCACGGUGGAUGCUCGGAGGCGCUGCUGGUAUCGGUGCCGGAUUCUGGAGUAUCGGCCCUGGGGGCCACGGGAAGAGCCAGCUCACCUGGAGGCAGCUGAGGAGAACCAGACCAUUGUGCACAGCCCCACCCCUUCCUCUGAGCCCCUAGAUCCUGAGGAAUGCCCCCCAGACACAGAUGCCCUUGCCCCUGGAGCGCCUGAGCACCAUUCACCUGUACAGAACCUGGACCCAGUGCUGCGGCCUGAUUCAGGCAGCGCCCCUCCUCCAGCCCCCCGCUCCUUUUCAGGAGCUCGAAUCAAAGUGCCCAACUACUCGCCGUCCCGGAGACCCCUGGGCGGCGUCUCCUUUGGCCCCCUCCCCUCCCCUGGAAGUCCGUCUUCUCUGACCCACCACAUCCCUACAGUGGGAGACCCGGACUUUCCAGCUCCCCCAAGACGCUCCCGUCGGCCCAGUCCCCUGGCUCCCAGGCUGCCGUCAUCACGGCUGGCCUCCCCGCCCCUCAGAACCUCCCCUCCGCUCAGGGUGCCCCCUCCUACCUCAGUCGUAACAGCCCUCACACCUACCUCAGGGGAGCUGGCUCCCCCUGGCCUCGCCCCUUCACCACCCCCGGAAGACCUGGGCCCAGACUUUGAGGACAUGGAGGUGGUGUCAGGACUGAGUGCUGCUGACUUGGACUUUGCGGCCAGCCUGCUGGGGACUGAGCCCUUCCAAGAAGAGAUUGUGGCUGCGGGGACCGUGGGGAGCAGCCAUGGGAUCCCAGGGGACAGCUCAGAGGAGGAGGCCAGCCCCACUACCCACUAUGUCCACUUUCCUGUGACUGUGGUUUCCGGCCCUGCCCUGACUCCCAACUCCCCACUUGGCACUCCCCGCAUUGAACAGCUGGAUGGAGUGGAUGAUGGCACAGACAGUGAGGCUGAGGCCGCCCAGCAGCCUCGGGGGCAGGAGACUCCACCCACAGGGCCAGGAGUGGGCCGAGCUGGGGUCCUCGGAGGGGUAGGGGACAGGUCGCGACCUCCUGAAGAUCUGCCAUCAGAAAUUGUGGAUUUUGUGUUGAAGAACCUAGGGGGCUCUGGAGAGGGGGGUGCUGGUCCCAAAGAGGAGUCCCUCCCCCCAACACCUCCCCUGGCCAAUGGCAGUCAGCCCCCUCAAGGCCUGCCUUCUAGCCCAGCUGACCCCUCCAGGACAUUUGCCUGGCUUCCUGGAACCCCAGGGGUCCGGGUGUUGAGCCUGGGCCCUGCUCCUGAGCCCCCCAAACCUGCCACAUCCAAGAUCAUCCUUGUUAACAAGCUGGGGCAAGUGUUUGUGAAGAUGGCAGGGGAGGGCGAACCUGCCUCUCCUCCAGUGAAGCAGCAGCCUCUGCCCCCUGCCAUUCCCCCCACAGCUCCUGCCUCCUGGACUCUGCCCCCAGGACCCCUGCUGGUGCCAGUGGUAGGGGUAGGAGUGGUCCGCCCUGCCCCUCCCCCUCCUCCCCCUCCUCUGACACUGGUGUUUAGCAGUGGGCCUCCCAGCCCACCCCGCCAGGCCAUCCGCGUCAAGAGGGUAUCCACCUUCUCUGGCCGUUCCCUGCCAGCACCUCCCCCGAGCAAAACCCUCCGGCUGGAUGAAGAUGGAGAAUCCUCCGAGGACAGCCCUCAUGUUCCAGGACUUGGUAGCAGUGGGUUUAGCCGAGUGAGGAUGAAAACACCCACAGUGCGGGAAGUUCUCGACCUGGAUAAUUCUGGGGAGGAAAGCCCUGGGUCCCUCCAGGAACGGUCCCCUUUGCUGCCACUUCCUGACGGUGGCCCUCCACGGGCCCCUGACGGUCCCCCAGACCUGCUGCUUGAGUCCCAGUGGCACCACUACUCAGGUGAGGCUUCGAGCUCUGAGGAAGAACCCCAGUUCCCAGAGGACAAGGAGAACCAAGCCCCCAAACGGGCGGGCCCACAUCUGCGAUUUGAGAUCAGCAGUGAAGAUGGGUUCAGCGUAGAAGCAGAGAGCUUAGAAGGGGCCUGGAGAGCUCUGAUUGAGAAGGUGCAGGAGGCCCGAGGGCAUGCCCGGCUCAGACAUCUGUCUUUCAGUGGAAUGAGUGGGGCUAGGCUCCUGGGUAUCCACCACGAUGCUGUCAUUUUCCUGGCAGAGCAGCUACCAGGGGCCCAGCGCUGCCAGCACUAUAAGUUCCGCUACCACCAGCAAGGAGAGGGUCAGGAGGAACCGCCCCUGAAUCCCCAUGGGGCUGCCCGAGCCGAGGUCUAUCUCCGGAAGUGCACCUUUGACAUGUUCAACUUCCUGGCCUCCCAGCACCGGGUGCUUCCUGAAGGGGCCACCUGUGAUGAGGAAGAGGAUGAAGUACAGCUCAGGUCCACCAGACGUGCCACCAGCCUGGAGCUGCCCAUGGCCAUGCGCUUUCGCCAUCUCAAGAAGACGUCCAAAGAGGCCGUGGGUGUCUACAGAUCAGCCAUCCAUGGGCGAGGCUUAUUCUGUAAGCGCAACAUCGAUGCCGGCGAGAUGGUCAUUGAGUACUCUGGUAUUGUUAUUCGCUCUGUGCUGACUGAUAAGCGGGAAAAGUUCUACGAUGGGAAGGGCAUCGGGUGCUACAUGUUCCGCAUGGAUGACUUUGAUGUGGUGGAUGCCACCAUGCACGGCAAUGCUGCCCGCUUCAUCAACCAUUCCUGCGAGCCCAACUGCUUCUCUCGCGUCAUCCAUGUGGAGGGCCAAAAACACAUCGUAAUCUUUGCACUGCGCCGCAUCCUUCGUGGUGAGGAGCUCACCUAUGACUACAAGUUCCCCAUCGAGGAUGCCAGUAACAAGCUGCCCUGCAACUGUGGCGCCAAGCGCUGUCGUCGGUUCCUUAACUGAGGCCGUGGCUGCCCACCACGACCCCUCAUGCCACCAUCACCCCACAUCUUGCCCCUGGCCUGGGCGCUUCCUGACCCCUCCCCAAGCAUCUCACUCCCAUCCUACUCUUCAGGGUGGAUGUGGGCGUGCAGGUGGCAAGGAGCCUGCCUCCACCCUCCAGCCCUCCCAGCAGUGGUCCCCUUUCUGUCCUGGGGGCCCAGGAUGUAGAUAUUGUACAAAGGUUUCUAAAUCCCUUCUUUUCUAUGCACUUUUUUAUUUAAGAGGGUGGGGUCCCAGGUGGGAACCCCCCACAAUAAAGUCUGUCAAUGUUUGGAAA